AAUAUGUGAUCAAUGUUGUGAAGUUACUUCUUAAGAUUUUUUUGUCUCUCUUACUAACGAACGAGUUUGUAACUUUGCAUGGGGAGGAUGCCCUAGAGUCUCUGGGACUACGCGCCGAUUGCCCUAAUUCUCAAAAGGAAACCCUAAUUUCUCGUCGAUUAUCAUCUUCGAUCUUGAAAUCUCCUCUUUUACUCAUUUGAUCUCUUGAAAUAUCCUCAGUUACUUAUUUGAUCUCGUGACACCUUCUCUCCGUCAAAAAUGGCUGAGAUUUUACCCGCGAACGGAUGACCAGCUUAUGCUCUUGCAUUUGAGAAACCCUAGAUCGUUUUUUCACGUCCUUCUCGUCAUAAAUCCAACUCUUUGUUUCCUUCUAUUCAAAACAGUGAAAUUUUCAUUUCCCUGAUAAAAAUGGCGGAGAUUUUGGCCAAGAACCCGAUUUCCAGCGAAAGCCAGAGCCUGCUUAGCGCGGUGGUGCCAUUGAUGAAGCUUCUAUGCCUCACCAUAGUAGGUUUAACCCUAGCUCACCCCAAUCUCCAGGUUCUCACCAAAUCCACAUUCAAAUUGCUUAGCAAACUGGUGUUUGUUCUCUUCUUGCCAUGCCUGAUCUUCACUCACUUGGGCAGUUCCAUAACCCUAGAAAACGUUAGGCAAUGGUGGUUUAUUCCUGUAAAUGUUCUCUUAUCCACAUCGAUCGGGUGCCUUCUUGGGUACUGUGUGGCCCUAAUUUGUAAGCCGCCUCCUGAAUUCUUCAGAUUCACUGUAAUUAUGACUGGGUUUGGUAACACAGGGAAUCUCUCUGUCGCCAUUGUUGGCUCAGUUUGCCAUAGUUCAGAUCACCCAUUUGGCCUGCACUGUCAUCGAACUGGUUUGGCCUAUGUUUCCUUUGCUCAAUGGGUUGCAGUGCUUCUUGUUUAUACACUGGUUUAUCAUAUGAUGGAGCCACCAUUAGAGUACUAUGAGAUUGUUUCAGAUAAACUUGAACAUGAGGUUGUUGAAACGGGGAACCUUAGCAAGCCGCUGUUGGUUGAGGCUGAGUGGCCUGGUAUGGAGGACAAGGAGACUGUACACUCGAAAACGCCUUUCAUUGCUAGGGUUUUUGGGAGCUUAUCAGGAGUUUCGCAUAGUGGCUUUCCUGAUUUGGAUCUUAAUUUGAUGGAUGAAGGUGGUUCAAGCCCUAAUUCUAGCCCUAGAGCCAGCCACAAGUCUAUCAGGUGCUUCGCGGAGCCUAAGGUAGUGCGAAAAAUCCGAAUUGUGGCAGAAGAAACCCCAAUUAGGCAUGUACUCCAGCCUCCAACUCUGGCUUCUUUAUUGGGAGUAAUAGUCGGAAUGGUUCCACAGUUGAAGAGUUUUGUCUUUGGACAAGAUGCACCACUAUCUUUUUUUACAGAUAGCUUGGAAAUUUUAGCUGGUGCAAUGGUGCCUUCUGUUAUGCUGAUUCUAGGGGGAAUGAUGGCUGAAGGGCCCAAUGAAUCGAAGCUUGGGUUAAAAACUACUUUGGGGAUUAUUAUUACAAGGCUUUUGGUGCUCCCAUUUGUGGGGAUUUUGGUGGUUUUAGCUGCCGAUAAGUUGGGUUUCUUGGUUGAUGGCGACAAGAUGUAUCAGUUUGUGUUACUUCUCCAUUAUACCACACCAAGUGCCAUCUUAUUGGGUGCAAUUGCAAGCUUGAGGGGUUAUGCAGUGAGUGAGGCCUCUGCGAUUCUUUUUUGGCAACAUGCCUGUGGGAUUUUCUCUCUCUCCUUCUUCAUUGUUGUGUACUUCAAGUUUCUUUUGCAUGUUUGAGUUUGUGGGGAAUCUGUAUAUAGAUGUGCAUUAUUGUUGUGUUUGGUGAUGAUGCACUAGUUUGGGCAUCAUCACCAAACGAGUGCAUUAUCAUUUUGUUUGGUGAUGAUGCACUAGUUUGGGCGCUAUCACCAAACCAGUGCAUUAUCAUUGUGUUUGGUGAUGAUUCACUAGUUUGGGUUCAUUGGGCUGUUCGCUGUUAACCUGGGAAUGCAUCUCCUACUUGUAAAAUGUCAGUUUAUUCUCCUUCAUGAUGCUCAAUUAAUAAAUGAAUGGCACUGAUUGAUGAAGA